AUUGUUGACGGAGGGCGGUCGGCGGUGUGGUAACGGCGGCUCCGCCCCGGAGGUGACCUGUGACGCUAGCUGCUGAGCUGAGCUGCUGAGCUGCACCGCAGCGACGAGAGGGCUGUGACCGGCUGUACCGAGGGUUCUGCUACCAUGAAGCUCGCCGUGCUGGGAGCCACCGGCCAGACGGGCCAGCACCUCGUCUCACUGGCGCUGGGGCAGGGCCACAGUGUCACCGCCGUAGUCCGCAACCCCGACAAGCUGCAGCAGAAGCACGACAACCUCAGCGUCGUCAAGGCCAGCAUCUUCUCGGCGGAGGAGCUGACGGAGGCGUUCAGGGGGCACGACGCGGUCCUCUCGGCGCUGGGCUUCUCUCGCUCGGAUAACCCAGUGACCGGCUACACCGAGUCGAUGAAGGCUGCCGUGGCGGCCAUGCGAGCCAGCGGCGUCAAAAGACUGGUGGUGAUGACAUCCUUCUACACAGACAUCGUGUCGGGCGGCAACGGCGGCUUCCUCGUCAACUGGAUCCUGAUCCCGCUCAUCAAGCGGGUGCUGAUGAACAUGCGGGAGAUGGAGCAGUACCUGGAGUCUGAGGCCGGUGACCUGGACUGGACGGUGGUGCGGCCGGGCGGCCUGUCCAACCGCACCCUGCUCGACCAGACGCCGGUCCAGGAGGAGGGCGGCAUGUUCGUGUCGGAGCCGGGCGUCGCCAUGUCGAUCCCGCGCGCCAACGUGGCCAACUUCAUGCUGUCGCAGCUGCAGGACAGCCCGUACGUACGGAAGACUGUGGCCAUCGCCAUGAAAUCAUGAGCGGUCGUGUGGGAUGUGUUCACAGCGGACGGUAGUGGUGCUGCGUAAUACCCUGGGACGUUACGUAAUCCCUCCCUGGAGUACCGCCAAGGUGAAACUGGCCGCAGAGCGGCGGGGCUGUUUGCUCUCUGCGAGCUGGACAAACACACGGACAUGGGCCGCCGAUAGACGAGCGCCCAAGGAGCGGCGGGCGUGUUAUCGGUGGGUGGGUGUGCUAUCGGAGUGCGUGAACGUUGUAACGCGCACCUAUGGCGUGACGAUAGGCCGCCACGGUGCGUCCUGCUGCGCUCUGGUGCAUAUCUCUGCACUGCCGCUCUAAAGGCUGCUGCGAAUAGGUUCAUAUUCCUGCACCACCACACUGUUAUGGCUUCUGAGGAUUGGAAUGGUCGGCCGCUGGGCGCCAGGCUGCUGGUUGUCUCGACAGCUGAAACCAUUCGUCACCACCAUCGCCGCUUGUCACGAACUAACUUAAUCUGUCGUCAGUCGUGACAACCCUUCGUGACGGGUGUUCCACUCUCUCCCUCGCCCUCAUCACUACAAUAUUCUGUUCUGUUACGUCACAUUCGUACGUCCAAUACUACUAUCCUGUCCUCUCCUUUCCCUUCUCCCAUUCCCUGGAUCUAUGUCUUUUCUUUGUCUCUUCCUAACUUGCCACUUCCCGGCUCCUUUUUACGUUUCCCUGCCCUCAUUCCCCCGUCUCUCUAAACAUGCCGGUUGCCGAGGUUUUUGCUCGCUAGUUUGCUUGUUCUCGAGGCCAGCCGGCCUGCUAACCAUCUGCCAGGCCGCAGUAGGUAGCAGUCAGUCUGAUGCCUUUAUUGCUGUCUCGGAACUGAUGCUUCGAACUCUGACAGCUGUCGUGCUCGUGUUUUCGAGAUGAAAAUGUGGAUGUUAUGUCGAUAUAUAUGAUGACGCAAAGGCUGUAAACAGAUACCACAAAUAUAUGCAUUGGUUCAAGCAUU